AUGGCAGCCGCUGCUCCACCGCCUCCCCCAACCCCUGCACCGGAGGCUCCCACCGGCCUCCCUGACUCCGAAUCCACCCCCGUCGGCUACCCUCUCUUCUCCAGGAUCCGCCUCGCUACCCCCAAUGAUGUCCCCCACAUCCACAAAAUGAUCCACCAAAUGGCCGUCUUCGAGCGCCUCGCUCAUCACUGUGUUGCCACCGAAUCCUCCCUCUCCGCCACCCUCUUCAACCAUCUACCUUUCCAAUCCUUCAGCGUCUUCCUCCUGGAGGUUUCCCCCAACCCUCUUCCCAAUAUCGCUUCCCCAAACUUCAUACCCAUUGAGCGUAUCAUGCAGUUAGACCUUCCUGUCAUCGACCCAGAAGCCGAAAUCUUCAAAAGUGGUAGUAAUGAUGUUGUGGUAGCUGGGUUCGUUCUCUUCUUCCCUAACUACUCAACGUUUCUAGCGAAGCCGGGGUUGUACGUGGAGGAUCUGUUCGUGAGGGAGUGUUACAGGAGGAAAGGAAUGGGGAAGAUACUGCUGUCGGCAGUGGCUGCUCAGGCGGUGAAAAUGGGGUAUGGGAGAGUGGAGUGGGUGGUACUUGAUUGGAAUGUGAAUGCUAUUAAGUUUUAUGAGGAAAUGGGUGCUAAGAUUUUGACAGAGUGGAGGAUUUGCAGGCUGACUGGUGAAGCUCUUGAGGCUUAUCGUGAUGCCAUUUGAGGGUUUCAGGCUAAAAAUAUUUGAAUAAAAAUGUUGUUUAAUUUCUGCAAGUAAUUUCAUCCGUUAUUGAAAUUUUUGAUUUCAAUGAUAUUAGAAUUAGAUUCCUUUAGAUUUUUCUUUUUUCUCUCUGCUUUGGCUAAUGCCAUUGUAAUUUUAAAACUCUUAAUUAAGAAAUUUAUUUAUAAAACAUUGUAAUUUUAUUUAUCUAAAAUGUAAUAUUAUAAUGCUUUAUUUUCCCA